AUGUCUCCAUGUUUCAUUAUACCACAUGAUCUUCCCCGAGUGUUUUUGCUUGUCUAUGUCGACAAUAUUAUUAUGUUGGGAAACGAUGCCGCUUUGAUUACAACUUUUCUCAACCGCCUGUCUUCCACGUUCAAAAUCUGCGACCUUGGCAAACCGGGAUUCUUCUUGGGCAUUAAGACCAUUCCGACAGACGAUGGCUACAUACUCUCACAACGGCGCUAUAUGACGGACUUACUGAAUCGGGCUGGCAUGGUGGAUUGCAAGCCACUCAGCACACCCGCGGCCGUCACGCAACCAGUCACUCCGACCGAGACUCCCUAUGAGAAUCCGACACAAUACCGUCGUAUUGUUGGGGCCCUACAGUAUCUGACGAUCACCCGGCCAGACCUCUCCUAUGCUGUCAACCGCUUAUGCCAGUUCAUGCACUCUCCAACUACUGAUCACUAG